ACAGACGAGCCCGCUUCAACAGAUGACCCCCUAUUCCAACGCUUCCUUCCUCCUACUCCUUUGCUUCUGAGAGAAAAUCUCCAUUUCUCAGCUCGCAAAUUUUUCAACAAACACACCAACCGUAGCAAUUGGUUAUGCUCCACGGCACGAAAUCCUCACCAUUUUCUUGCUCACCAAAUCAACACACCCACAUUGAAUUUCUGUCUGUUUUCUGUUCUUCUGCUUCAGCUGGGUUUUGGGUUGCUUUCUUUUGGUGGGUUUGAUCAGAUUUGGUUGGAUUUCAUCUGGGUUUUCUCUAUUUUCUCAUCUGGGUUUUCUUUUUCUGAGCUGAUUCUCUCUCUAUAUUUUUCUUGUUCUUCCAAGGUAGUCAGUGUAGCGAAAUGGGGAGAGAAAACAAUGGUAUGAGAGCGUAAUGAGAUCUGUUUUCAUGGGUUAGUUUCACUAUCUUCAAUCUGUAUCUUUCUUUGGAUUACCAAUUUUAGAGUUUCUUCUCUCUUCUGAGUGUCGAAAGUUUCUGCAUUUUUGUGAUGGAAAUCUGUUCCGAUCAUUGUUAGAUUCUUUCGGCUUAAUGCCGCGGUGUCGUUGUAAUUCUCUCUAGUUUUCAUGGUUUUCGAUUUUUCGAGCAUUGAAUUUCUUGAUUCAUUGAAUCCUUUGGGAUUGGAAUGACAAUGGCCGAAAGGAAUGCUUCUUCCCUCGCUGUCAUUGCUCGGAAAUCUUUGUUCUUCUUAUUUAUAGUUACAUCAACACUCUUCAUAUUUUCUUGGUUCUUUGUGUUGCGUUCGACGAGCAUGCCUCGCUUCAUUGACCAUAAACUGUUACCCAAUUCCAAACUUAAUGCCGUGAUUGACAGCGGGAGUUCUGGUGGAAGUGAGAAUCAAAAGGAUGUCGAACCCUCAUUUGGGAAUCGAGCAAUCCUUGUGGACAAUGAGGAAGAAGAAAAGCCAUCAUCUUUUUCCCAAGAAAAAGAAGCGUCCCAAGCUAACAAUGGAGUAAAAUGUAACACCAAUGAGAAGGUAGUUCUUCUCAAGGUGUUCAUGUAUGAUUUACCCCCCGAAUUUCAUUUCGGACUCUUGAAUUGGAAACCCGAAAGCAGUAGCGUUUGGCCAGAUCUUCAAACUAAAAUACCUGCUUAUCCCGGCGCGUUGAAUCUGCAACACAGCAUAGAAUACUGGCUGACAUUGGAUCUCCUUGCUUCUGAACUUCCCAACCCCCCAAAUGCUCGUGCUGCAAUAAGAGUGCGCAAUGCUAGCGAAGCUGACAUUGUUUUUAUACCGUUCUUUUCUUCCUUAAGCUAUAACCGAUUCUCCAAGAUAAACCCGCACGAGAAGAAGAGCAAAAAUAAGGUUCUGCAAGAUAAAUUGGUUAAGUAUGUGACGGCUCAAAAGGAAUGGAAGAGAUCAGGGGGAAGAGACCACUUAAUUGUGGCUCACCAUCCAAAUAGCCUUUUAGACGCGAGGAUGAAGCUAUGGCCUGCAACAUUCAUACUUUCGGACUUUGGGAGGUAUCCUCCAAACUUAGCAAAUGUGGAGAAAGAUGUCAUUGCCCCCUACAAGCAUGUAAUCAAAUCCUAUGUGAAUGACUCCUCUACUUUUGAUAGUCGGCCAACCUUGCUGUACUUCCAAGGUGCAAUAUAUCGAAAAGAUGGUGGCUUUGUUCGGCAAGAGUUAUUCUAUCUUCUACAAGGCGAAAAAGAUGUACAUUUUACAUUUGGGAGUGUUAAAAAAGAUGGAGUUAACAAGGCUUCCCAGGGGAUGCACACCUCCAAAUUCUGCCUCAACAUAGCCGGUGACACCCCAUCAUCAAAUCGCCUCUUUGACGCUAUUGCUAGCCACUGCGUCCCUGUCAUCAUCAGUGAUGAGAUCGAACUCCCAUACGAGGAUGUGCUUGACUACUCUGAGUUCUGCAUAUUUGUUCGAACAAGGGAUGCUCUUAAGAAGAAUUUUCUCGUAAACCUCACCAGGAACAUAGGGAGGGACGAGUGGACGCGAAUGUGGAAGAGGUUGCAGGAGGUUCAGAAAUUUUAUGAGUUUCAGUUCCCAUCAAAGGAGGGCGAUGCUGUCCAGAUGAUAUGGCAAGCAGUUGCUCGCAGGGUUCCGGCUAUAAGAAUGAAGUUACACAAGUCUAGACGAUUCUCCCAUUCAAUUUCUCGCGAGGGGAAGGGGGUAAGCAGGAUACCAUCACCAAGUAACUUCUGGUAAGAAAGCGGAAUUAACACACUCUGUGGCUCUGCAGCAUUUCUGACUCUUAACACCACACAGGACUAGAAUUAUCAAUUACAUUCUUGAUAAACUACACGAAGCAUCGUUGUCAAAAUAUCUUCAUUUGUUCUAAUAUUAGGAAAUUAAAUUGGAUAAAUUUAGUUCUACCCUUCCGAAAUCAAUACGUUCUUCGCUUGUUGUA